GCAGCGCUGCUACCGUCCCUGUUCUCUCCGACAAGAAACCCCGUAGCGGGACCAGGCGGAAGCCGCAAAUCUUAUCCAAAAUGGCGGGAGCUGAUGGAGACGACUCUCUCUACCCUAUCGCAGUGCUCAUUGACGAGCUACGGAACGAAGAUGUCCAGCUCCGGCUGAACAGCAUAAAGAAGCUGUCCACCAUCGCCCUGGCCCUGGGCGUAGAGAGGACCCGCACAGAACUCCUCCCCUUCCUGACCGACACCAUCUACGAUGAGGACGAGGUGCUCCUCGCCCUGGCAGAGCAGCUGGGGAACUUCACCAUGCUGGUGGGAGGUCCCGAGUAUGUGCACUGCCUGCUGCCCCCCCUGGAGAGCCUGGCCACCGUGGAGGAGACGGUGGUGCGGGACAAGGCCGUGGAGUCCCUGCGCAAGAUCUCCCACGAGCACUCCCCCGUGGACCUGGAGGUGCACUUCGAGCCCCUGGUGAAGAGGCUGGCCAGCGGGGACUGGUUCACCUCCCGCACCUCCGCCUGCGGCCUGUUCAGCGUCUGCUACCCCCGCGUCUCCAGCACCGUCAAGGCCGAGAUCCGCCAGCACUUCCGAACCCUGUGCUCGGACGACACCCCCAUGGUGCGCCGGGCCGCCGCCUCCAAGCUGGGCGAGUUCGCCAAAGUCCUGGAGCUGGACUACGUCAAGAGCGACAUCAUUUCCCUCUUCACCGCCCUGGCCUCCGACGAGCAGGACUCUGUGCGCCUGCUGGCUGUGGAGGCGUGCGUCAGCAUCGCCACCCUGCUGCCCCAGGAGGACCUGGAGACGCUGGUGAUGCCCACCCUGCGCCAGGCCGCCGAGGACAAGUCCUGGAGGGUCCGCUACAUGGUGGCCGACAAGUUCUCCGAGCUCCAGAAAGCUGUGGGGCCAGAGAUCACCAAGAACGACCUGGUUCCGGCCUUCCAGAACCUUCUGAAGGACUGCGAGGCGGAGGUCCGGGCCGCCGCCGCCAACAAGGUGAAAGAGUUCUGUGAGAAUUUACCAGAGGACAGCAAAGAGACCAUCAUCAUGAGCCACAUUCUCCCCUGUGUGAAGGAGCUGGUAUCGGACACAAACCAACACGUGAAAUCCGCCCUGGCCUCUGUCAUCAUGGGCCUCUCCACCAUCCUGGGGAAGGACAACACCAUAGAGCACCUGCUCCCGCUCUUCCUGGCCCAGCUGAAGGACGAGUGCCCGGAGGUGCGCCUCAACAUCAUCUCCAACCUGGACUGCGUGAACGAGGUGAUCGGGAUCCGCCAGCUGUCUCAGUCCCUCCUGCCCGCCAUCGUGGAGCUGGCCGAGGACGCCAAGUGGAGGGUCCGGCUGGCCAUCAUCGAGUACAUGCCACUGCUGGCGGGGCAGCUGGGUGUGGAGUUCUUCGACGAGAAGCUGAACUCCCUCUGCAUGGCGUGGCUGGUGGACCACGUGUAUGCCAUCCGGGAGGCGGCCACCUGUAACUUGAUGAAGCUGGUGGAGAAGUUUGGAGCAGAGUGGGCCCAGAACACCAUCGUUCCCAAGGUGCUGGGGAUGUCCAACGACCCCAACUACCUGCACAGAAUGACCACCCUCUUCUGCAUCAACUCCCUGUCUGAAGCCUGCGGGCAGGAGAUCACUACCAAGCAGAUGCUCCCAGUCGUCCUCAAGAUGUCCAACGACCAGGUGGCCAACGUGCGCUUCAACGUGGCCAAGUCCCUGCAGAAGAUUGGCCCGGUCCUCGACAGCAACGCUCUGCAGACAGAGGUGAAACCCGUGCUGGAGAAGCUGGCCAACGAUCAGGACAUGGACGUGAAAUACUUCGCCCAGGAAGCCAUAAGCGUCCUCGCCCUGGCCUAAUGGAGCACGUCUGCGAGUCUGAGCGCACAGCACCCCCCCCGAGACUCACCGCACCUGUAUUUAUUGAUAUCCAGGAUCAACCGACUGCUUGUAGGGAAACCAUGGAGCUGUGAAAGGUUCCUUUCUGCUUGGGUGGCUGUAGAUGUUUAGGGGACGCAUCGGUGUACACGCUGUAAAUUCUGCUGCUUUCAUUCAGAAACAUCCUAGAUCCUUUUAACGCAAAAUACCGUGGACAGUCUCUCUUUCUCACACACACACACGCUCACGCACGCACGCACACACACACACACACACGUUCACGCACGCACGCACACGUAAUGGGAGAAUGGCGAAUUUGUGAUCCAUGUAAUGGUUGGGUGCUUAUAACAGGCCACCAGUCGCUGAUUUGAGAGUGGUUCGCUCUGCAGUAACAUAAAAUGAAUAAAAUACUUUGUUUGGAAUCAGUCAGUGAUUGACAGCAUGUUGUAGCUCCUCCCACUCGGGAGAUUCAGGGAGCCUCAUUCCCCCAUUAGAGAGAUGCCGCCACACACAAAGGCACACACACACACCCUGACCCAUUCACUGGUCCUGGCUACAGAAGCAUGUGAUGGUUUCUGUGCCUUGUGUCUGUGCCUGUGACGGACACCUCUGCAGCUUUGGUUUUUCUCUUAGAGCUUUGCACUUGUCUCUGCAAGCAGAGAAACUUCUUUGACAGCUAGUAGCUGCCAGCACACAACAGAUUGAUCCCUUCCCUCCCCUAGCUCAGAUCUGCUCUCACCCAAGGUGUGAUAAGAAAGCUCCUGAGUAUUUAUGUGACUUUGUUCUGCAGAUUCUUCCAUCCCUCCCUAGGCACACGCACGCACACACGCACGCACACACACACGCACGCACACACACACAGCCCACCACUUUUCUGCAUCAGUGCUGUGCUUUUGCGAGCCAUUUGCAGCUAAUAGCAUCAUGCCCCCCAUGAAAGGACUUUCACACCUGGGACCAUUGCAGUGCGUUGCUGCAUUUCAGGGAGGUGAGGUGGGGGGGGGGGGGCUUUUAUUUUUCCCAGUCUCCAGUAUUGUAAAUCGUUUUCUCCAGACCCCUUUCAGACUGACCACUGGGGCCACCUCUAUACUCUGUGUAAACUUUGGUGUUCUUAGGUGGCACUGGCACCCAAAUGCCUUGUUGCCUUGGUCCUUGCCAGGUGUGGAAAGCAUUUGGUGGGUCCAUCACACACUUUUAAAAUUUAUUUCCCCUCUGUGUGCGGAUUUCUUUCUGUUAUGUUUGCAUGACUGCAGACGAUCUGAGUUUUUAAAAACGGUCUCCCUUUUGGGAUGUUCUGUCAGUUGGUCCUCUAUACACAUGAGGAGUGAGGACAUGUGUAAGAGAUGGACCCCCCCAUCCCCCCCUUCCCCUUAUCUGUGGCCAAGAGAACUAAAAUUGAUAGUACUGUCCUGGGGGUGUGGGGGUUAUGGGUAAUAUCUCAUUCAGGGUUCAGUGGGGUAGUAGUCAUUGCCCUCUUUAUGAAUGAAAUAAAACUAGCCUGCUUGCUGCCCCUGUCCUGACACAUUCCCCACCCACAUUUGAUAGUUCUGACUUUUCACAUUGAAUGUUCUGUGUCAUUAGAAUGUGCUUCGGUUUUGUAUUGAAUAAUGCCUCCUCCACCAACUUCCCAAAGAUGGGACACUACUACUACUAUUACUUCUGUGUAUGAAGAGGGAAAUCUAAUAAAGUAAUACUUACAUGGUGA